GCCUAUGUAGGAUAGAUGUAAUGUGCAUGCUGGACCCCGCCCCUCCAUUAGCAUGCUCCUCCCCUCUGAGUGAUCACCUGACUCAUAGUGUCUCUUCUUUUCUCUUCCUAACAUUUGUGCCCCUGCGUGCUGUGACCUUUAACCCCGGGGUUGGCCUUGCUGUGUCAGCGGGAGAUCACGGUGAGGGCAGCUCUGGCCUCGGCCCACCAAGGACAGCCCCUCCCCACCACCCUGAGUGUCCUCCAGAACACGCCCCAAGUUCGGGGAAUGCACACCAUCAUCAGGAACAAAGACACCAACCGAGACGAGUUCAUCUUCUACUCCAAACGCCUCAUGCGUCUCCUCAUCGAGCACGCCCUGUCCUUCCUGCCCCUCAAUCUGGUGACGGUGGAGACUCCGCAGGGCACCUUGUAUGACGGGAAGAGGUUCCAUCGCCAGAGGGUGAGUGUGACAGAAAUC